GAGGAGAAAGAGACGCACAUUUUAGGCACAACAACAACAACAACAACAACACCUGAUACUCUUUCAUCAGGGGUCAAUAUAAAAAAAUAGCUUAAUUAUUAUUUUUGGGGUUUGGUUGGAAAGAUUUUUGGAGAUGACCAACGUCCAGUUAUCGAGCAGCGCGCUGGAGAGGCUGGUGGCCAGGAGGACCUUCCCUCUCCACAGACGCACAAGCGUCUGCCGCAACCUCUUCGGACCGGUGGAUCACGACGAGCUGAACCGGGAGAUGAAGUCCAAGCUGCGGGAGAUUUCAGAGCGGGACCAGCAGAGGUGGAACUUUAAUUUCGAAGCCAACACCCCGCUGGAUGGGGAUUACGAGUGGGAAGAGGUGCCCGUGGAUACGACCCCGGCGUUUUAUCAGGACCCUGUACAGAACGGGAGGACCAGGGUGCCUGAGACACCCAUGAAGCAGAGGCCCUCCUCGGACUCUGUUCUCCCCGAGAGCCCGGAUAUGGAUGUACUGGAGCGCUUGGUCGUGCCCGAGAGCAGCAGCACUCCCUGCCCGGUGGAGGUUAACCAGGAGAACCGCACAGACAAACUGAACUCAGGGAAGCCGGCUCACAGACAGUGUGUUAGACGCAAGAGAACAGCAACUACUGACAACAACACACACAUCACAGACUUCUUCGUGAAACGAAAGAGGGCUGCUGAUAAAAAAUCUAAUGAUCUGAGCGCUUGCCACCACUCCAAGUCUCCAAUCCCGGUGGAACAAACUCCCCGAAAGAGGAUUCGUUGAAGGUGUUUUGCACUAUUUGCCUGCGCAUUUUGAGGAACAAGAUGAGGACGUUUCUCUCUGCAACUUAAAACGCCGGAGAAAGAGAAGACAAGAGACGGUGUGUGGUGGGAGAGAAAAGAAGAAGCCCGACCGGCAGGGUGCUCCGGCUCGGUGCGCCCCGGCGGAGCGCAGCCCGGACACCGGAGCAGACUCUCAGGACUGAACGGUUUGGGGAGGGGGAAGGGGACGGAGAGAGAGGACAUUCCGCCGAAUGACUUCUAUCCAGUACAAAUGUAGCAUUCAUUGUUGCUUUUGCAUACAGCCACUCGACAGUGUUAAAUGUUUUAACAUCUGUGCAAUCCUAAAUUACUUUAAAAGAAUUGUCUACACUGGCCAAAAGUGUACAGCUUUAUAGAGACAAUAAAAUUUUAUUUCUGUUCUGGUUUUUCUGUAAAUGUAUAUUUUUAAAACUAUUCUAACUUAUAAUUUAUUUAUGUUUCUUUAUUUGUUAAAUGCCUUGUUGAUUUAGCCAAAGGGCAUAUUCUUAUUUUAUUUUAUUUUAUUAUUUCCAUUUGUUUGUGUUAUUGUGAUGUUUUUGCAAUCAUGUAGCUCACCCAUAGUAGUCCACACUUGAAAAAAUAUAGGUUUCUUUGUGUUUCUGAGCCGUUUUUUAUGUAUGUGUGUUUUCAUACAAGUGCCCUAAUAAUGUCUUGUAAAAGAUGAGAAUAAAACAUUUUUUUCACUUCAACUUCAAAGUA